UAGCCUGAGAUAACUCCACCAUCCCUUUUCCCCACCGGCAUGGCGGGCAGAAGCUCCCUCCCUAGAUCUCCCAUUCCCCUCCCGGCCGCGCGGCCGAUCCGGCGAUGGCGUCCAAGGCGAAGCUCAGCGAGCUAAUGUGGGAGCACCGGGUCCAGGCCGCGGUCCUGGUGGCGUUCGUGGCCGUGACCGCCGUCUCGAUCUCCGCGCUCGGGCCGAGGCUCGGCGCCGUGCUGUCCUUCUUCUGGCCGCUGCUCGUCUCCACGGGGUUCUUCCUCGUGACCGUCGCCGUGCUGCUGCGGUUCUCGCCCCCGCCCGCGGGCGCCGACGAGUCCGGCAAGGAGCUCAUCGAAGCCAAGUCGCGAAGCCACUGCCUGCCGUCCCUUCGAUUCGCUCCCGACGCUCUGGAUCGUGCAACUGCUUAAGUUGCGGUCGCUAUGGCAACUGCACUGGAUCCAUGGAUCGAUCGAGGUCCCUCGGGGACCAUCUGCAAACCAUCGGGAUGAGAAAUCCCAUCUCUACCCCCACAUCCUUCCGAAUUCCCUUCCCUACCCCUCCGGCGUGUGAAUUCCCUUUCUACCCUCAUGAUGACAAACACUGUGUUCGGCUGGUCUUCUCCCCUCCAGCGCUA